AAACCAUGUGUUGGGAAACCACAUACCACAUCACUUACACAGAGAGAAAUUCAGUGGAGACAGUGCUGCCUUUCUAAGCUUUGAUACACUUAGCCGUCAUCAAACAAAAGCAGUCUCUUGACUGGUUCAUGAAUUGCAUUUCAUGUUAAGAUGAAUGAAAGACACUUCAGUUAUCUUUGAAUCCUCUCCUGUAGCCCACUUGUUGGUCAAGCUUUUGAAUACAUUUCACUGGUCCCUGAUGAACCAACAAGAAAGACAGGAAAGGGAGCGAGGCGCAAUAAAGUACUCCUUUGUACUUUAUUUUCAAACCCUUGGGGUGCAAAAUCAGAUCCAGUCAAAACAUCUGCUUGAGGCUCCAUGGAGCCACUGAAGAACAUAUUCAGUCGUGGCCCACUGUCGAACUGGAAAAAUUUGGAUCAAUCACAAAAAGGGAACUUCACCAAUCCUGUGUGGACAGCCUUAUUUGACUAUGAGGCAUCCUGUAAAGAUGAACUCACCUUACGUAAAGGAGACCUGGUUGAAGUCCUCUCUCUGGACUCUGAGAUAUCAGGGGACGAGGGCUGGUGGGCCGGAAAAGUCAACAACAAGGUGGGCAUCUUCCCAUCCAACUAUGGCUCCUUCAAGCCCAGCGGAUACGGGAAGCUUCCAGGCAGCAGCGUGGUUGGCGAGCUCGGCCCAGCUGUGGUGGGCGAGUUUGAACCCGACGUGUUGGAUUUCCGGGAGCUGAGCCUGGAGGAGGUCAUAGGGGUCGGCGGCUUCGGGAAAGUGUAUCGCGGUACAUGGAGAGGCGGGCUGGUAGCCGUGAAGGCCGCUCGUCAAGACCCGGACGAGGACAUCAGUGUGACGGCUCAGAACGUGAGGCAGGAGGCGCGUCUCUUCGCCAUGCUCACUCACCCGAACAUCAUUGCCCUGAAAGGUGUCUGCCUGCAGGAACCCAACCUGUGCCUCAUCAUGGAGUACGCCUCAGGUGGGCCGCUGAGCCGGGCCUUGGCGGGUCGUCGCAUCCCGCCGCACGUCCUGGUCAACUGGGCCGUGCAGAUAGCCAAAGGGAUGUUGUACCUGCACAGCGAGGCCAUCGUCCCUGUUAUCCACCGGGAUCUCAAGUCCAACAACAUCCUCCUGGCUCAGCCCAUAGAGAAUGAAUGUAUGGAGGGGUUGACAUUGAAGAUCACUGACUUUGGCCUGGCGAGAGAGUGGCACAAGACCACCAAGAUGAGCACCGCUGGCACCUAUGCCUGGAUGGCCCCUGAGGUCAUCAAAUCCUCCACCUUCUCCAAGGGCAGCGAUGUCUGGAGCUAUGGAGUUCUGCUGUGGGAGCUGCUAACAGGAGAGGCACCCUACAAAGGCAUUGAUGGACUUGCUGUCGCCUAUGGAGUCGCUGUCAACAAGCUGACCCUGCCCAUCCCUUCCACGUGCCCCGAACCCUUUGCCCAGCUCAUGUCAGAGUGCUGGGACCAGGACCCCCACCGCAGACCCAAUUUCGGCUCCAUCCUGGCCCAGCUGAUGGCCCUGGAGCAGCAGGUGAAGGAAGAGAUGCCGCAGGACUCCUUCCACUCCCUGCAGGAGGACUGGAAACUGGAGAUUCAGGACAUGUUUGAUGAACUCCGGGCUAAAGAGAAGGAGCUACGAUGCCGCGAAGAGGAGCUGAAGCGAGCGGCUCUGGAGCAGAAGUCCCACGAAGAGUUCCUGCGGCAGCGCGAGCAGCAGCUGGCCCAGUGGGAGCAGGACGUGUUCGAGCGUGAGCUCAGCCUCCUCAUCCUCCACCUGAACCAGAACCAGGAGAAACCCAACGUCAAGAAGAGGAAGGGCACCUUCAAGAAGCACAAGCUCAAGUGCAAGAACGGCGAGAAGAUCAGCAUGCCCCAAGAUUUCAUCCAUAAGAUCACAGUGCAAGCAUCCCCAGGCCUGGAAAAGAGGCGCAACUCUCCUGAUUUGGGUUCAGGCUCGUCGCCCUCCUUCGGCCCACGCUUCCGCGCAAUCCAACUCAGUCCCAGUGACAACAGCAGGACGUUUGGGUUGAGCGCCGUCUGGCCCCUGGAGGCCCCCUCUCUCAAACAAGCUAAUGGAGACCUGAGGUUGGGCCCCCACUGGAGGCCUCAGAGCCCGAAAAGUCCCAAAAGCCCCAAAGUCCUGCGCCUUAGUCCCCAGGAAAGCAGUCUCUCGAUGAGAGCGAAGCUCCUGGAGUCAGACAGCAAUGAGAAUGGAGAGUCCAAGGAUGACUUUGAGGAGUACCGACCCUCCACUCCAACCCCUCCCCCUGCUCAGAACGGCUCCUCAGUGAAGGACAGCAUGCGGCUUCCUCUACCUCACGGAGACUCGGGCAGCGAGGAAGGGGGUUCCUCCCCGGCUGGCUCCCCCAGGCCUGAGAGGGGUUCCCUCAGUGGCAUGUUUAAGAGCACCCACCGGGCCCUACUUGGCGGUGGCUCCCUCCUGGCCUCUGUAGGACUGGGUCGCUGCCUUGAUAUCCCCCCAAGGGUGCCCCCUCGAACUAACCCCCCUUCCCUAGAGGACCGCACCACCUUCGAACUGGAGAUCUCCUCCCCUAAACCCCUCAUUUCAGAACCCCCAGUAGUGGACGAUCUCAUCACCUUCUCCACCUCUGAGCCGCUCCCCAGACCGCUCUUGGAUUUAGCUCUGCAGUACCAAGAACUUAAGCCCUUGCCCCUGACUCCGCCACCGCCAAACCCCCGUGAGAGGAGCGGCCAACGGACGCCGCACAGUCCACAGACUCCCAGGACUCCCGUGCAGCAGGACAAGCCCAGCCCGGGGGAAUGGAUGCCGUGUUCCCAUUCUACCAACGGGGAGCUGGGCUGUGAGGCCUGGGAGCACAGAGCUGACAGGAGGAGGAGGUCCAGCCAAGGACUGCACACCACUCAGCUCGUUCUGGAUCUGCCCUUGUGCCAAGACACACAGGAGUCUGAUGACAAGCCUGCAGUGCCCUAUGCUCUCCACCCCAACCCUGCCCUCUGGAGCCCCAAAACCCGGCGCCUGGAGGUCAGCGUCAUCCCCCGGCCUCGCCCGUCCCCCAUCCGCCCUCGCAUUGACCCCUGGAGCUUCAUCUCAGCCGGCGGCGGGAACUCAGGUGGGGGCCGCAGCCCUAACCGCUCGGACAGCAACCAUCUGAGCUACCAGCCCUCCCCUACCAACCCGUUCACCAACUGUGACCCGUUCCCAUCACCAGACUGUGACCCAUUCGCCCUCAAAGCCGACCCCUCGAGCGGCUCGGACACAGCGUCGCCCUUUGACCCGUUCUUGGCUCCCUUUCCCACAUCCCGCUCUGCCCCGUGCUCCACCAAUGGCUCGCCCACGUUGCCCUCAUUCCGCAUUGCGCCCCUCAACCCAGCUGACUCGCCCCUGAUUGACCUGGGCUGGGCGGCCUGCAGCAAGCCCCUGGAUAGCACCAAAGAGAGAGCUCACCCCCGCAGGACACUGGGGCUCAAGCCCUUCAAGUCCCCGACGCAGCUCCGAGACGACAGGUUCUGA